AUGCAUCAGCAUCAAGCAAUGUGUAAUAAUUUUUAUGCACCUUACCCUCCGCUGCCGUAUCAUCAGCAUCAUGGGCAUAAUAUGUGUUCACCAUACGAAAUGAUUAAUCCAUUAUCUGCUCCGGUUGUAAAUAAUUUUGUUCCGCGACAUUAUCAUGAUCAUCCGUGUAGACAAAAUGUUCCGCGAUUUGAUUACUCAUAUUGUGAUUAUGUUCCUCGGCGACCAGUCAUUCAAACGAAUGUUCAUAAUGAUGUUUGCUAUUAUCUUGAUGAUCCUUGUGAUAAAUACGACGAUGAAUAUGAAGAUUCUUAUAGAUUAUCUCGAUCUAGAGUUCAACUUGUCGAUAUAGUUCCUAAAUAUCGACCUCGACGAAAUAGUAACCGUAUGGUUGUAUCAACAUUUCAACCACGACAAAGGCAGGCAUCAGAACGUAUUAUUAUACCUCGUUCAAAUGUUGUGCGAACAAAUAGAAAUCCUUCAUACGAAAGACGCCGACAUAAUAUGAAAUUAAUGCCAUUAAAUCGUUCAGUUGAACCACAAUAUCGACAUCGAUCAAUUGCGAGAGAAAUGGUUCCAGUAGCAAUAGUAGAAAAGUCAUAUCCACAAAGACAAUCGAUUAGAGUACGCACAUUGUCACCAUUUUAA